ACUUCAUUAAGUACACAUCUGAAGUUCAAUAAACACCUUUUGCAGAUACUGAAAUCCUGACAAAUUAAAAAUAGCACACGAAGUAAAGCAAUAACAUUGUCAGGAAUUGAAAUUCAUCAAAGGGAUGCAAGUUUGUGAAGUGUACUUUGUUGCCUAUGGAAGAAUCUCCAAACUAAUGCCAAGAUUGCUAGUUACCAGUCUUAAAGAACAGAUUUUGGAGACCUGCAUUUCUGAUACAAGACGUGCAAACAACUGACUCCCAAACACAGAAAGCUAUGAAGAAGAUCUGCAUUUUUCAAAUUCUAACAGGACUUGUUUUUUUUGCAAUUGUUGCAUUUCUGGGUUACAGCUCACACAGGAUCUCCAUGUAUAUUCAGAACCAGAUGGAUGAAACUUCAAAUGUCAAAAUGGAAUGGUUAGACAUACAGAAAAAACGGAAAUAUAUUCUUAGAGAAAUCUGCAGCAAAUAUAACAUGAGUGCAUCUACCUUUGAAAAAACCUUAUCAUCCCAAUUAUUUGUGGAGCACAGAUAUAAAUUUAUAUAUUGUGAAGUACCAAAGGUGGGUUGUACCAACUGGAAACGGAUAAUGCUUCAACUGACUAUGAACCUUACCAGGGAACCUGGAGAUUUUGAAAGGGAAACAGUCCAUGCUAGCAGUCUUCUGAAGAAACUCAGUAUCUAUUCUCUUGAGAAACAACAGUCACUAUUGCAAAACUAUACUAAGAUAAUGUUUACUAGGAACCCAGAAGAGAGACUAGUAUCAGCCUACAGGGACAAAUUUCUGCACGAUGGCUACUAUAGUAAUAUUAUUGGUAGCUACAUUAGACAUAAAUACCGAAAAAAAGACAAUGACACCUCUAAUGUAACAUUUGAAGAGUUCAUUAAGUUUGUAUUAGGAGAAAACACAAGUGAUACCCACUGGAAGCCAAUGUUUAUGCUUUGCCAUCCAUGCAGUAUUCAUUAUGACUUCAUUGGGGAAUUCAGCUCUCUUAAAAAGGAAGCAGAUUACAUUCUGAGGUACCUUGGAGUUCCAGAAACCGUGACCUACCCAAAUUUCAAGACACAUAGCAAUGAGAGUAGAACAUUCAUCAAGAUCACAGAAGCAUUUAUGAGCAACAUAACCAUCAAAGAAAAGGAUGAAAUCCAUCAGAAAUAUGAGAUAGAUUUUUUAAUGUUUAACUAUACAUUUCAUUAAGGAGCAUGAUGUUUUGUAUGUUACACCAGUGAAAAACAACUGCCUUUGUUAAUAAUAUUGUAGGUGAGCACUUUCAUCCGUUAGACUAGUGAAGUUUAUUUUAACAGAGAAAAUGCUCACCUACAGUUUUAUUAUUAAACACAACUGUUUUGCUCUGACACUAAACUGUUAUUGUCUGGUGAUUGACUUUUUCUUUUGGGCUUGAGCACUGAGGUUCAUUAUUUAAUUAUUUUUUAAUUAUUAGCUAUCUAAAAUGUUAUUAAAGUAAGCAAAAUAAGUAAGCAAAUAAAUAAAUAGCAGUACUUGCAGCAGUUAUGAGUGCAGAUAUCUUUGGAGUUGUGAAAAUAUAAAUGUGCUUGAAUAU